GUCUACCUAAUGUUUUGUUUUGAAAAUUGCAGUCUGUAUGAUUUUUUUUUUUUUUUUGGGCAUGCAAUGAAGCUGUAAUGUUUUUCACUAUAUAUCUGCCCUUGCUUGUUAGCAUCCCUUCUCUGUUUAAAAUCACUAUUUAACAAACUGGCUAUAGGCUGAGAUUUAAAUGUUCUGUGGAAUGGGGGCUUGUUUGAUUUUCUUACCCAGUUUCGUAUAACAAAAUUAUGUCCAUAACAAAAGUGUCACACCCAUUCACCUAUUCUUGUUGUGCUUGUCAUGUCCCGAAACAUGUCACGAAAGAAACUAUGGCCUCAUUUAUGUCAACUGCCACAUCAACACAACCAGCCCGUAUGUGUGUGUGUGGCUACGAGCACUGUGUUGUAAAGAUUUCCCGUUUUGCAAGAAACCCUAGUCAUGCGUACUACCAAUGCCCUCAUGGAGUGGUGAGUACAAGCAUGUUCACUUUUACAUUUCCUUGUCAAACCGUCACUAACAUAUUUUUUAACCUCAGCCAUGUGUCAGUUGGAUUGGGUGGUGUGAUGAAUAUGGGCGCCAAAGGGCUGCUGAGAAUGACACAGAGAAUAUCGUUCGUUUUGAGACUCGUUUCAGUGACAUUGAACAAACUCCGCGUGUGCUUAUAGUAGUGACAUGUGUGUUAUGCAUCAUCGUUGUUAUUUUGCUAUUUCGGAUGUGAUAUAUGUAACCGUGCUGCGACGUUACCCUAUUUUAUUAAAGGCAUUAUGUUUUGUGGCCCAAAAAUAUUACUAAAAUUUCAUUUUGUUCGUAAACAUGUAGUAGUUAUAUAUUUCCGCAACUGUUUGUUUUGGUUUCAAAUACUAAUGUCAUUAAAUGAAUCUAUUGCCCUGUGUUUUGUUUCAAAUACCACAUUUCUCACAUAAAAGGUGUUCAUGAUUUUGCUAAUGCUUGUAUUGUGAGUGCAUAAGUAUUUUUGCGUUGGUUCCCCUUGGACGAUGUUGUUAUAGUCGCAUGGCAUCACAUCGAUCUGCGCCUCGUACCCCUUCCGGCAAAGGAAAACGACAACAACCCUACCAUAAAGCAACUUGGGAUGGGGAGUCGACACGGAUUUUCUUGGAACUGGUCAUUAAGGAAAUUGAAACAGGAAACCGGCCACACAUGUCAAUCACUCCGAACGGGUACCGUUCGUUGUCUAAGACAUUUGAGGCAGCAACUGGGAGGCUGCAUUCACUGAAACAACUAAAAAACAAGUACAAUUUGUUGAAGAGCGAGUGGCGUGCGUGGUCUAAGCUAAUGGAUUGCCACAAAGGCCCAACUAGAAUUGGCUUCGACCAAGUUACUGGAUUGUUCACUGCGUCACCUGAUUGGUGGGCUAAAAUGGAGAAGAUUGACAAUAUAUGUUGCAAGUUCAGAACCAAAACCUUGGACCAUCCGGAUUUGAUGGAGCACGUCUUCACUGGCGCUGCGGCUACGGGGAAAAAUGCAUGGACACCCGGCGAGACUCGUAACCCAAUGGAGUUGGAUAGAGAGUCGGACAGUCCAGAAUUUUCCAGUGACAGCAAUGAAUUAGGCGCAUCGGAAAUGGCUGAGAUGAUGAACUCCGCCAACAUCAAUGCCACAGGUAGUGGAAGCAAGCGGAAGCAUUCCUCCAAAACAUUGCAAAACAAGCGCAUUACCGCGGUUGAAGCGUUGGCAAGCAACAUGGACGACUUGGUAAAUUCUGUGAAGACUCAGAGCAAGGAACUGACUGUCAACCACGUGGUGGGGGGGCACAGUUACACUAUGGGCCAGGCUGUUGGACGGUUGUAUGAAAUACAGGGACUAGACCCUGCUAAUCCACUACUCCAUUUUGGAGUCAUGCUUAUGGAGGUUCUAAACAAUCCGGAGAUGGUUAUGAGUAUUCCCACAGACCAAGGCAUAAUCGGGUGGCUACAAGCAAAGCAACAGGACAAAGAAAGGAAUGGGGGUAUCACUCUUGCGAGUUUGCCGCGCAAUUCAGGAAUUCGGUUUUAAAUCCGCACGGGCGAAACUCUUGAAAAUUUGUUUAAUUUCAGUUGAAUUGUGAAAUGUUUGUGGUUCAUGUGUUUUUUUUUUUUGAAUGCUGGUUUGACACUAGAUUUGGGCAGGGGUCAUGGAUGUGAACCCAUUGUCCUAAACUUCUUGUGCUAUGUUUGUGGUGCAUUUUGUUUUGUUAUGCUAUAAAUGCUGCAAGGUUGAAGUAAAUGUGGUAAUCCAAUUUUCACGUCAUUUUCCGAAUUUGCAAUGUGUGUGACCAGGUUGUUCAUAUAAAAUUAUGUAA